GCCUCCUUACGGCUGGGACACAGAGCUGUAUUAACUGGUUUGAGAUUAAUUCCAUUUAUAAAAUGUCCACAUUUAAGUCAUGGGUUAGUGAGACAACUGUUUCAGUCUACACAUUUAUUUGGGGUUUCCCCUCUCAAGGUGCAGAUGCCUGCCCUCUCACCCACCAUGGAGGAGGGCAACAUUGUGAAAUGGCUAAAGAAAGAAGGUGAGGCGGUGGCAGCUGGCGAUGCUCUCUGCGAAAUUGAGACAGACAAGGCUGUGGUUACCAUGGAAUCCAAUGAUGACGGAAUCCUGGCUAAAAUUAUGAUAGAGGAGGGGAGUAAGAAUGUGCGUUUAGGGACUCUGAUUGCUCUAAUGGUUGAAGAAGGCCAAGACUGGAAACAAGUGGAAAUCCCUCCUCUGAUCUCCUCCCAGCCUGCUUCAGCUCCUGCCCCACCUGCUGCGACUCCGCUCCCUGUAGCUCCUGUAACCCUGCCCUCUAGUGCUGCACCACCUGUAGUAACAUUGCGGCUGAGUCCUGCGGCCCGCCACAUUCUGUCCACACAUGGCUUGGACCCCCACUUAGCUGUAGGCACUGGGCCACGAGGGCUAAUCACUAAAGAGGAUGCUCUGAACCUGCUGAAAAAGGGAGAUGGAGGUCAGCGAGAAGCUCCAGUGUUUACACCCCCUCCUGCUCCUACCCCUGUUGCUACUCCUACUUCUAUCCCGUCUGCUUCACCUCCAGCAGCUUCAAUGUCAGGUCGGCCUCUCCACCCAGCCAUCUCUGUGCCAGGCAAACCUGGAGCUCCGGGCACCUUCACGGAGAUCCCAGCCUCCAAUGUAAGAAGAGUGAUCGCACAGAGGUUAACACAGUCCAAAACCACCAUACCCCAUGCUUAUGCCUCUGUGGACUGUGACCUGGGUGCUGUGAUGAAACUACGCAAACAGUUAGCUAAAGAGGAGAUCAAGGUCUCUGUCAAUGACUUCAUUAUCAAAGCCGCUGCUGUUACACUUAAAGAAAUGCCCGAGGUCAACGUGACCUGGUCUGGUGAGGGACCGCAGGCGCUGGACUCCAUCCACAUCUCUAUUGCUGUGGCGACCGAGCGUGGCCUUAUCACCCCCAUCAUCAAGGACGCAGCCAACAAAGGCGUGCAGGAGAUCGCCUCCAAUGCUAAGAUGUUGGCUCAGAAAGCAAGAGCAGGAAAGCUGUUACCAGAGGAAUAUCAGGGAGGAUCCUUCAGUAUCUCCAACUUGGGUAUGUUUGGCAUCAGCGGCUUCAGUGCUGUGAUCAACCCUCCUCAGGCAUGUAUCCUGGCAGUGGGAAGCUCCAGAAAUGAGCUCUUAUUGGCAGACGAUGGCCUGUGUACCCGCCACCUCAUGACAGUCACUCUAUCCAGUGACGGGCGUCUAGUGGAUGAUGAACUGGCCUCCCGCUUUCUAGACAAAUUUCGUUCCAACCUGGAGCAGCCUAAGCGCAUGGUCCUGGCUUAGAGAAUGAAUGGAUUAAGGCAGUGUAAAAAGGAAAGAGAAAGUGUGUGUGGGACUGGUUUUAUUUUUACAAUGCCGUGUUGGUAAAUACUGUUUAAAUUAUAGUGGCCUGUAAAGUAGUAUAGCAUGGCUUUAGUUGUUUAUACUACCUAUGUCAGGAUUUACCAACGUUUACUUCUUCUUAAAAUCUACCUAAAUUAAGUAAAGGUACCCUGGUUGACUGUACCUAUGUGCCAGGUCUAUACCAUUUCUUUAUUAGUUAUAUUUAUUAUUUGGUCAGCCUGUAUAUUUGGGAGAUAGGGUUAAUAAUAUUAGGUCACUUGUAGGUCACUUUUGGCACUUAAUUGGCAUUUUUGGUACAUGUACUUUUAAAUGAUGUCCACUUUUACAGUAGGCAUUUAGUGUUGGAUACAAUGACUAUACAGAUGGGUGUCAAGUUAAGGAAAAAAAUAACACGCCGCUCAGGUGGCGCAGCGGUAAAAACACACGCUGGAACAAGAGCUGGGAUCUCGAAUACAUCGUAUCGAAUCUCAGCUCUGCCUGCCGGCUAAGGCUGAGCGGCCACAUGAACAACGAUUGGCCUGUUGUUCAGAUAUGGGCAGGACCAAGCCGAAUGGGGUCUCUCUCUCAUAACUAAUGCAAUUAUGACCUCUGCUGGCUGAUUGAUGGCGCCUGCACAGAGAUGAGAAAAGAGUGCUCUCAGGGUGUGUCUCUCCAUACACAACGCUGAGCUGCACUGCACGCAUCAAAGUGUAGGUGAUAAAAUGCAUAUGGCAUGCUGCCCACGUGUCAGAGGGGGCGUGGGUUAGCUUUGUUCUCCUCAAUCAGAGCAGGGAUCGGCAUUGGUGGAGAGAAAAGCCUGACGCAGUCUGGCAAUUGGACGUGCUAAAGGAGAAAAAGGGGAGAAAAUGCAUAAAGCAAAUAUAUAAAUAAAAUAAUAAUAAUUACACAAGUAAUGUGUUGUGCCACCAAGAUUUGUCAGAAAGUCUUGCUUUUGUAAUAAUCCAUUCAUUCAAAUGGCUUGUAAAAACACUUCUAAUAAAUGUAUAAAACAGCUUUAAAA